UACACACUUCACUGCUCUCUGAUGACUUGGAUUACCUUUGUAAAAAUGCCACCUGUUUGCACUAUGAAGUCUGUCUCAAUAUUCCUUCUUGUCACUCUGCAGCAGGGAAUUAUUGGCAUCACUUCGGCAGAGGAACGUAUCCGUGAGAAGAGAGCCUGGAUUAUAGAUUCAUUCUUCAUUGAGGAAGAAAACCCUGGCCCUUUCCCAUAUAAGCUUGGGAAUGUACAGGUUGAGCGGGAUUACAAAGUUGGAUUUUCACUGCAUGGAAAGGGGGUGGAUGAGGAACCUAAGGGCAUCCUUUCCAUCGAUAAAGAUACUGGAGUCAUUUCUGUUCAUGGAAAGGUUGACUAUGAGCAGCAUAAGAAACUGAAGCUUGUUUUUGAAGCCAAAAAUAUGUCCACAAUGACGCUAGACACUAUGCUCGGUGUUGAAGUAACCAUAACUGAUAUAAAUGACCAUGCUCCAGUAUUCCAACAAGAUCUGUAUGAAACUUCUCUUGAUGAGUCUACAUUACAAGGAAAAAAUGUAUUUGUAGUUUUUGCCACAGAUGAUGAUGCAAAAAACAGUCCAAAUUCGACCUUUGAUUAUAAUAUUGUAUCCGUGAACCCCCAAACACCUAAUGUGGAGUUCUAUAUAAAAAAAAAUGGAGUAAUAUCGUUCAAAGGAUGUGUGGACUAUGAGAAAGCAACCAAAUACACUAUCCUGGUGGAAGCCAAGGACCAUGGUGAUAUGAUAAGGCUUUCAAGCACUUGCACUGUCAUGGUUGACAUCAUAGACAAAAACAACCACCUUCCCACCAUCAUCGGUCGCACAGGAACAGGUAGAGUGCAUGAGAGAGAAUCUGGGAAGGAAGUUCUCCGAUUACAAGUAGAAGAUAAAGAUGCAAAAAAUACCCCAGCCUGGAGAGCAAAAUACAAAAUACAUGGAGACAAGGGAAACCACUUCAUGAUAGAAACAGACCCAAAGACAAAUGAGGGAAUCUUAACCGUGCAAAAGCCCCUAGACUUUGAGGAAGGGCCAGAGAGGAACCUUUCCAUCAGCCUGGAGAAUGAAGAACCAUACUUCUCCUGUGAGGUAAAGAGGAAGACCCAGACGGGGCUCUGGCAGGUGAUCACUGCUGAUAGAACAACUGGCACUGGCCGGCUUCCUGAGCCUGUUAUGGAGGACGUCACCAUCAUUGUGGAGGACAUGAAUGAUCCCCCAGUGUUCAAACAUGAUGUGAAGAAUGUCAUGGUGCAGGAGGAUGUGAAAGUUGGAUACCCACUCGAACAAUUCACUGCUGUGGACACGGACCGCAGAUUCAACAACGCAUUUGAAUACAGAAAAGGAGAUGACCCAGAUGAUUGGGUGACUGUGAACUCUAAAACUGGUGAAAUAUCAACAGCAAAGUUACUGGAUAGAGAAUCACCCUAUGUGGUGAACAAUACUUACACUGUUACCUUGUUUGCAAUUUCUCACGGUGAGCCUACGAUGACCGCGACUGCAACGCUCACCAUCCACGUGGAGGACGUGAAUGACAACCUGCCCCUCUUGCAGCUCCAAAUGAUGGACAUGUGCCUGUCUGAGGGGGCCACACUGGCCAGUCUCACCGCCACUGAUCUGGAUGAGUCCCCGUUCAGCGGACCCUUCCGCUUUGAGCUGCUGGGGAACGUCAAGAACCAUUGGCGCCUGGACCCAAAUUAUGGAACCACUGUAAACCUAGUGAAAGAAGAUAUGGUUUAUGCUGGAGAACACAGGCUGAUGCUGAAGAUUUAUGACACGCAGGGAGCGUUCUCCAUACAGAACCUGACAGUCACUGUGUGUGAAUGUUCUGUGGAGCCCAACUGUCGCGUGCGUAGCUCCGCCCGCAUCCAACUGGGUGAGAGUGGCAUCGGGCUAAUGUUCGCCGCUCUGCUGUUGUUAUUGGGUUUCUUGCUCUUGGUCUUCUUAAUGUCCUGUCGAAGGAAAAAAUCUGCCAUCUACAUUGACCAUGGCUCUGGAGAGUACCUGAUUGCAUCCAAUAUUGAGAUACCAGGGACUGACUGUAAGGUUCCUUCAGGAUUACUCCAAGUAGAUGAGGAUAGAAUGGAGGCGAAUCAUAUUAUGAGCAUGGAAGCUGAGCAAGUCCAGAUGGCUCAGCAGAACCAGCUACAAUCAAGUUUUCCUGGCAUGUCAAGUUUUUCUCAAAGUGCUCGGCCAUCCCAGCCGUUCCAACGUGGAAAUUUUAUGUAUAGGAGCUUGCCAAUGCAGUCACAGAGCAGAAGCAGCCAGUAUCAGGGAUCGACCAUCAACAGGUCAUACUCAGUAUCCAGAGGGGAUAGUAUCUUCAUGCAACAUGGAGCCCUGAACUCUUUGCUUGGACAGAGGAUAUUUUCAAUCCAAGAACGCAGUCAGGAGCUGUUCCAUUAUGAGCCCUGCAUCUACUCUUAUGAGGAGGACUUUGUGACAGACCCUGAGCUGGAUUCCAUUUCCCUCCCUGAAAGUGACUUUGCACCAGACAAGCUGAUGGAUUUAGGACCCCAAUUUCUGAAUCUGGCCACUAUCUGCAACCCCACCCCACCAUAACAGCCCCACUGCAAGAAGAACAUAUGGAUCAAUUACAGCCAGCUUAGAGGACCUAAUGAGGUUGUCCAUAAUGAGUAAAAUCCAUGGCGAACACUGUCCAAGCAUGGAAAGGAAGCUUUAAUUAUGGAUGCCAUUGAACGAGGGUCGUAAGCAGAGCUAUAGUCUGUUCUGCCAGAGGAUGCUGGGUGGGGGGGCUGGGGCUCCAGCAUGCACUGCCAGUGCACUAUAGUGCUGAGGUCACUUCCUUUUCAAUGCAGUCAAUUCAGGCAAAAAUAAAUACAAUUUGAACUCAUACAUUUUUUACUCUCUGUAGGACAUUGUGGGCAUUUUUAAAAUAAAUUUCAAUUAAAUCCUC